UGUUUUGGUCAUGCAGUGUUUGGAUUCAUUCGGUCUCCUUUAGCAGGCCCAACGUUACCCUUCCUCGUCUUCACGUAUUCACGGUUUAACGUUAGCUUCAGACCGAUAAAGAUAAUGUAGACUCGUGCUCCAUAAACAGAAGGUACAACAAGAGAGUCCACGAAUGUAGCAUCUUUUUUUAAAUCCUGACACAAAGGGCAAGUGAUUGAAAUUUGGAUUGCUGUGGUUGAAUUGGACCUACUGCCCAUCUGAUGUUAACGGGUGGGUGGGACGUUAGCGUAUAAUGUUAGCUAGUUAGCUAGCUGGCUAGGUAGCACCCUCGUCACUGGUAAGACGUCAAGGCGCUACUGUAAGCAACAAACACUACCUAGCUGCUAGCUGGCUAAUCUUCUGACGUUGCCAUACACUACAACCAGAUUGUCAGUGCAUUUUUGGUGUCCUGUGCUUAUGAUGAGUAAGACCUCGUGACUGCAUUUCAACAUUUACUGUUGCCCGGUAGUUCAAGAGCAACCAACGGUUGUUAGCGUCAUGGCAUGAAUUACGGUCUACGGGAUGUCUAACGUUAAACGGCUAAAAGCAAGUUUCUUUGCAACUUAUGACUCCUGGGAAGGGAGGCUCUCAGAACUCCGAGUCAGAGCCUCCCUCUGGAGAUCUGAACAGCGAGCAGACGUCUGAGGGUUUUAUAUGCCCUCAGUGCAUGAAGUCCCAUAACUCAGCAGAGGAGCUGUUCAAGCACUAUGAAGUGUAUCACGAGUCUGCAGACCAGCCCUCGCCCUGGGCCUCUGGAAGGGAGGACCUGGGCCUGCUCAGAACGGAAGUACAGGACCUUCAAGCCUCACUGAAGGAAGAGCGUUGGUUCUCUGGAGAGCUGAAGAAGGAGCUAGACAAAGUUCAAGGGCAGCUGAAGCAAAAUGAUGGCCCAGCAGGUUCAGAGGAUUCAGUUCUCGAGAAGAAGCUCAACGAGAUCGAGACGGAGAAGUUCAACAUCAAACAGAUGAAGGACCUGUUUGAACAGAAAGCUGCACAGCUGGCCACAGAGAUGGUUGACAUCAAGUCACGCUAUGAUGAAGAGAAGAGCUUACGUGAGGCGGCCGACCAGCGUGUUUCCGGCCUGACCCAGGACCUGCAGAUAGAGAGGCAGGAGAAGGACAAACUCAACGCCGAGCUGCUGCAGAGGCCGGGGCAGGAGGACGUGGAGGUGCUGAAGAAGGAGCUGGUGCAGGUGCAGACGCUGAUGGACAACAUGACACGCGAGCGGGAGGACCAGGCAGAGCGCCUGAAGAGCCAAUAUGACGAGCUCCUCGCCAAUCACACUACCUCAGAGAUCCGUAAACUGGAGAAAACCAUCUCACAGCUGAAGGCUGAACUGGAGAAGGGGCCCCAGGAGGCUGCAGUAUACACUCAACAGAUUCAUGAGCUUCAGAGCAAUCUCAACAACCUCCAGCAACAGAAUCAGAAUUUGUCGGAGCGGCUGAGCAGGCGUGAGCGCGAGAGCCAGCAGCUGGAGGAGCACGUGUCCGAGGGCCAGGCCUCGCUGCGGGCCCUGCAGGCCAAGCUGCAACAGCGGGACCUGGAGGCGCAGGAGGCCCAGGCGCGGGCCGCCCAGGCAGAGGCUUCUCUGGGCCGGGCCCAGGCCGAGCUAGGGGAGCGCGGGGAGGAGGUGGCGCGGCUGAAGAGGGAGACCAACCAACUGGAACUCCAUCAGCAGGAGCUGAAGGCCGAGAGGAAGCAGCUCCAGCAGCAGCGCGAGGAGAAGGACAACCAGGGUCAGCAGCAGCAGAGCGAGAUCGGCCAGCUGCACACUAAGCUGCUGGAGGCGGAGCGUCAGCUGGGGGAGCUGCAGGGCCGUCUGAAGGAGCAGCGGCAGCUCUCUGGGGAGAAGCUGAAGGACCGCGAGCAGCAGGCCACCGACCUGCAACUCAAGCUCUCCCGCUCUGAGGAGCAGCUGAAGGAGAAUGCUACUAAGACCACAGAGCUGCAGCACCAGCUGGAGAAAGCCAAACAACAACACCAGGAGCUGCAGACGCUCCAACAGGGCACCAAUAGCAAACUGAGGGAGGCCCAGAAUGACCUGGAGCAGGUUCUGCGUCAGAUUGGGGAUAAGGACCAGAAGAUCCAGAACCUGGAGGCCCUGCUGCAGAAGAGCCGAGACAGCGUGAGCCAGCUGGAGACGGAGAGGGAGGACCUGUGUGCCAAGAUCCAGGCCGGCCAGGGUGAGACGGCCCUACUGAACCAGCUGCACGAGAAGAACCACACACUGCAGGAGCAGAUGGCCCAUCUGGCAGAGAAGCUGAAGAAUCAGUCCGAGAGCCACAAGCAGGCGCAGGAGAACCUGCACGAGCAGGUGCAGGAGCAGAAGACGGCCAUGCGCACGCUGCAGGACCGCUGCCAGGCGCUGGACGGCUCCAACGGCGAGCUCACCUCGCAGCUCAGCGACAGCCGUGAGAGGGUGGCCCAGCUGGACACGCAGCUGAAAGCCAAGACAGAGAUGCUGCUAUCUGCCGAGGCGGCCAAGAGCGCCCAGAGAGCUGACCUCCAGAACCACCUGGAGACGGCCCAGCAUGCACUGCAGGACAAGCAGCAGGAGCUGAGUAAGAGCCAGGCCCAGCUAGAGGAACAGGCCCAGCGGCUGCAGGAGAAGCAGGAGCACAGUGCACAGCUGGAGGCCAGCCUGAAGGAGAGCAGGGACAAGCUACUGACCUCAGAGCAGCUCAUCGACACUCUGCAGGCCCAAGUCAAGAAAGCGGAGCAGGAGCUCUCGGAACUGCACUUGUGGCGCGAUCAGGUUGAGCAGGAGCAGCAGGAGCUCCGGCAGCAGGUGGCAGAGCUGGAAGGGAAGAGCAAGGAGCUUAGCCGCCUCCUAGGGGACGAGAAACAAGGUGCUGUGGCCCUGCAGGAGGAGCUCCAGAAGAGAUCUUCGGCCCUCAGUGAGGCGCGGCAGCAGCUGGACAGCAGCCAGCAGGAGCGCACUGGCCUGCAGGCCCGCCUGGAUACCCUCGCCCAGGAGGGGCAGGCACGGCAGGCAGAGCUCGACAAGAAGAUCCAGGGUGUCGCCGCCGACCUCCAGAAGGCCCAGCAGGAGAAGGAUGCCCAGGCCAAGGAGCUGGCCAAGACCAAGGAGGGCCUGAGCAAGGCCUCCAAAGCCCUGAAGGAGAGCCAGAGCCAGCUGGAGAAGGAGAAGAAGAGCAAGGAGGCCAGUCUCGGUGAAAAGGAGCAGUCUCACCAGAAGGCUCUGCAGCAGCUUCAGAAGAGCGCCGAUGCUACAGCAAAGGAAUUCACAGAGCUCAAGUGUCAACUUCAGAAAGUGACAGAGGCAGAGAAGGGGCUGAAGUCACAGGUGGCUACGGUAAAUGCCCAGCUGACGCAAGCACAGGACUCACUCAAAGCCAAGGACAAAGAGAUGCAACAGCUGCAGGCACAGCUGAAGACGACCCAGGGGACCCUCAACCAGGAACUGAAGAAACUGGAGACUCAAGUGGCCAACCUGCAGGCGGCCCAGGCCAAGAAGGCUGAGGAGGAGGUGCAGCUGAAGGAGCAGCUGUCCUCCGUGUCCAGUGAGCUGAGCGCAGAGAGGAGUCGCACCACUGAGCUGCAGCAGAGCCUGGAGCAGAGCCAGCAGAGCCUGGCCUCCCUGCAGUCCGACAGCUACGGCAAAGAGUCCGAGCUCUCCGCACUCCGCCAGGACCUCAAGGUGUUUGGUGAGAAGCUGGACCUGGCCCAGGAGGAGCUGAAGGCCAGCCGCUCUCACCUGAGCAGCCGCGAGGCGGAGCUGCAUGAGCUGAAGAGCAGCGGGGCGGCGCUGCAGCAGAAGCUCAAAGAGAGCCAGGAGAGCAGCCAGAAGCAGGAGAACACGCUCAAGGAGCUGCACAAGAAACAGGCUCAGGCGCAGGAGGACGUGCAGAAGGAGCGAGCGCAGGUGGAGGAGCUGAAGGCGGCUCAGAGCGCUCUGGAGAAGGAGAGGAGUCGCCUGGGUGCUGAGCUCAAGUCGCUGGGGGAGAAGUCUGACAAGGAGCUGAAAGAACUGCAGGCGGCGAAGCAGAUGCUGAUCCAGCAGAAGCUGGAGCUGCAGGGCCGUGUGGAGGCGGGACACGCGGCCCUGGAGCAGGAGCAGCGCGAGCACCAGGCCACACGAGACGGAUUCAGCUCCAAAGAGGAGCAGCUCAAGGCAGACACACACAAGAUCCACGCCCAGAUGGCUGAGGAGGUGCGUGCGCGCGAGGAGCUGCAGAAGGAGAAGGAGGAGAGCGAGGUGCGUCAGGGCCUGCAGCUGUCGGCGCUCAAUGAGAACGUGGCCACGCUGAAGCGCGAGUGGCAGGGCAGCCAGCGGCGCGUGGCCGAGCUGGAGAAGCAGACGGACGAGCUGCGCGGAGAGAUGGCCGUGCUGGAGGCCACCGUGCAGAACAACCAGGACGAGAGGCGCGCCCUGCUCGAGAGGUGUGUGAAAGGCGAGGGGGAGAUUGAGAAGCUGCAGACUAAAGUGGUGGAGAUGCGCAGGAAGCUGGAUGACACCACCGCAGCCAUGCAGGAGCUGGGUCGGGAGAACCAAUCACUACAGAUCAAGCAGUCCCAGAGUCUGACCAGGAAGUGGGCCGAGGACCACGAGGUGCAGAACUGCAUGGCCUGUGGGAAAGGCUUCUCUGUCACUGUCAGAAAGCACCACUGCAGACACUGUGGGAACAUCUUCUGCAACGAGUGCUCUGCCAAGAACGCCCUCACGCCCUCCUCCAAGAAACCUGUCCGAGUGUGCGAGACCUGCUUCGAGGACCUUCAGGGCUGACCUUCACCCAACGCACGCACAGACACUCACACAGACACAGACACACAACACCACAUGCAAAACACACCUAUGACUCGGCCCACUGUAUUUCAUUGUGUAAACACACGCACUCGCCGCUGAGGGGGCGGAGGAGGACCCGGAGUGAGGAGGAGCACUGCCGCCGGCGGAGGACGCUGGAGCAGCACCACUGGCACCGAGAGGCGGGGGGUGGGGUG